AUGUCCGUCAAUGACCGUCGCGCCAGCCACAUGAACGCUCCACGACCCCGCGUUGCGUCCAAUCGCGUCGGCGAUGCCGAGCGACACGCUCUGCGCAGCGGCGCCUCCCCAUUGCAGUCGGAUAAUGCAGGCCACCGGGGCAGCACGUCCAGCCAGAAGAAUAGAAUGCCUCGCGAACAACAGAACAUGGCCAGCGAGAAACGCUCCGAACGAAUGACGAUCCACUCGAAGGAACGGUCGCAGACUCGGACUCGAAAUCCGGUUAAGGAGUCUUCUAGUGCUGGGAACAGGGGGGAAUGGGAGAGAUCACGGUCAAAACGAGGCGUGCAGGGGGAUAUUGCGGCUUCUCAAGCUAGAAAUCAGGAGAAGGAACCGGAGGAAGUACCCUGGAACCCUCAUGCCUCCCUGAUGCCUCAUUCAACCGCGCCUUUGGCGACACGAGUAUCGGUUGCGCCGUUAGCCUCCACGCUGCCUCAAUCACUUCAACCCACGCCGCUCCGAGAACUUUCCGUGGAUACGCAAGAGAAGGCCUUACUAGACGAUCUGUUAUUCGUGUUUAUGGGAUUUGAGGGCCAGUACAUCCACUAUCACAGCAACUACGACCCUGCUGUUGAAAAGGACCGGUUAACUGGGCCCGUUUUUCAGCUACCUUCGGGAUUGGAUCCAACCUUGAGAGACCUGACCUUAUCGAUGUUGAAGAUGGCGACGCAUUAUAGUGCGCUGGAAGCAUUUGUGGAGGUCCAAAGUCGUGCAGAAUUUGGAGCAGUCAGCCAUGCUUUGUGUGCCACGAUUCGCAAGAUCCUGAAGGAUUACCUGAUUCUCAUUGCGCAGCUCGAAAGCCAGCUUCUUAACAAUCCCAGUUUCACUCUGCAGCUCCUUCACCUACACACCAUGCCAACUAGCCAAUGCCUCGCUCAACUCCAUUCCAUGGGCCAGGAGUUGCUCCGCCGGAAUGGACUUUUAGACCAAGACCUUGACGAGUCGAUCGAUGACUUUGACGACGUGGAUAAUAUCCUGGAGCAGCUGAAAGAAGGUGGAGACUUGGUUCCCGGUGCCAUGUCUAGCAAGAAGAUAUGCAAGGGUGGUAAUGUGCUACGGCUCCUUACGGAGCGAUUGGCUACGUAUUCUGGGGACCCAACCAGCAAGGCUCUUUUAGAGCGGCUGCUUCGUGAUGCGAGUCGGCCAUAUAUGACGAUGCUCAACGAGUGGUUACAUCAUGGUGGGAUCAAAGACCCUCACGCCGAGUUCCUUGUCAAGGAGCAGAAGUGGAUCAAGCGAGAGAAGCUCGAGGAAGAUUACACGGACGAAUACUGGGAAAAGCGGUACACGAUUCGCGAUAAUGAGGUUCCUCCUCAACUGGACAGUGUGCGGGACAAAGUCCUCCUGGCUGGUAAAUACCUGAAUGUCGUCCGAGAAUGCGGUGGUGUCGACGUGAGCAAAGAGGUCAAGGAUGUACCCCAAACACUCGACGAUCCCAGAUUCCUGGACAACGUUAACGCCGCCUAUACCUACGCCAACGCAUCGUUGUUAAACCUCCUUCUCACCAAAAACUCGCUCACUACCCGCUUCCGCUCUCUCAAGCACUAUUUCUUCCUCGACCGCUCCGACUACUUUUCCUUCUUCCUCGAGAUUGGCGGGCCCGAAUUACGCCGGCCCGCCCAAGCGGUCAACGUAUCUAAACUGCAAUCCCUUCUCGACCUGGUGCUUCGGCAACCGGGCAGUAUCGCGGCCCAGGACCCGUUCAAAGAAGAUGUCAAAGUUCGGAUGAAUAAAGUCGGACUUACGAAAUGGCUGAUGCAAGUAGUGAGCGUCUCAGGUAUUGAUCAGGACAACCCCGAAGCAGGGAUGCAGGUUGCCCAGUCGCAUGUCGAAGAUGACAAGAACAUCAACGGGUUUGAGGCUCUUGAACUGGACUACUCGGUGCCCUUCCCUCUAUCUCUUGUUAUCAGUCGCAAGACCGUGCUCCGAUACCAACUCGUUUUCCGACAUCUCCUAUCUCUCCGCCACCAUGAAAAUCUACUUGUUGGUUGCUGGCUCGACCAGAGCAAGUCCACUUGCUGGCGGCAUAAAUCCUCAGACCGAAGGGUUGAGGUGUGGAAGCGCCGGGCGUGGAGUCUGCGCUCAAAAAUGCUUAUCUUUGUGCAACAGCUGCUGUACUUCUGCACGGCAGAGGUGAUCGAACCCAACUGGCAGAAUCUGAUGGACCGAGUGAACGGGGCCGAUGCGCAGGGGUCAGAAGUGACCGUGAACGGUAUCAAACAAGCUAACCGGACCGUGGAUGAGCUGAUGCAGGACCACGUCGACUUUCUAGAUACCUGUCUGAAAGAAUGCAUGCUCACACAGGCGAAGUUAUUGAAGAUCCACUCCAAAAUCCUAAUGUGCUGCAACAUGUAUACAAGCUGGGCUGCGUCGGCAGUCGGACGAGGACUAUACUUGGCUGACCCCGAUCUCGCCGGUAAGGCCCCCAGCUCUGAUCCGCGCGGAUAUGAUCCAACACGUAUAGCAAAACUUGAAGAAAGUCUUAAGCGAUACGAGGAUCAUUUCACCCGCCACCUGCGGAUCUUGAUGGACAGUCUCAACUACUAUGCGGCGACAGAAAGUGUCGUCCUGCUCAAGCUGGCACACGUCUUGAACUCAAUCACCAAAGAAGACGGUCCUGUCUGA